UUUUUCUUCUUCCUUCAGGCUAUGAAAGUCCUCUCCAAAAAGAAGCUCUUGAAGCAGUAUGGAUUUCCGCGUCGGCCUCCUCCUAGAGGGUCAAGAGCAGCCUCUGGAGAGCAGCCAAAGCCAAUGGCACCGCUAGACAGAGUCUAUCAGGAGAUAGCCAUCUUAAAGAAGCUGGACCACGUCAACAUCGUUAAACUGAUAGAGGUCCUUGAUGAUCCUGCAGAGGACAACUUGUACAUGGUGUUUGACCUCCUGAGGAAAGGGCCUGUCAUGGAAGUGCCCUGCGAGCAGCCCUUCGAUGAGGAGCAGGCACGGCUGUACUUCAGAGAUAUCGUCUUGGGCAUCGAGUACUUGCACUACCAGAAGAUCAUUCACCGGGACAUCAAGCCUUCCAACUUGCUCUUAGGAGAUGACGGGCACGUCAAAAUAGCUGAUUUUGGAGUCAGCAAUCAGUUUGAAGGGAAUGACGCCCAGCUUUCCAGCACGGCAGGAACGCCAGCUUUCAUGGCACCGGAGGCCAUUUCGGACACUGGCAAAAGUUUCAGUGGAAAGGCACUUGAUGUAUGGGCCAUGGGGAUUACUCUGUACUGCUUUGUUUACGGGAAGUGCCCUUUUAUAGAUGAAUACAUUCUGGGUCUUCAUAACAGGAUCAAGAACAAGCCCGUGGAGUUCCCCGAAGAACCCCAGAGAAGCGAAGAGCUUAAGGAACUGAUCCUACGUAUGCUUGAUAAAAAUCCAGAAACGAGGAUAACAGUCCCUGAAAUUAAGCUGCAUCCGUGGCUAACCAAGAGUGGCGAGGAGCCCCUGCCACUGGAAGAAGAGCACUGCACUGUGGUGGAGGUGACAGAGGAGGAGGUGAAGAACUCAGUCAAGACGAUCCCAAGUUUGCCAGCUGUGAUCCUAGUGAAGGCCAUGCUAAGAAAACGCUCCUUUGGAAAUCCAUUUGAGGUUCAGACCAGACGGGAGGAGAGGUCCAUGUCUGCUCCAGGAAACUUGCUGAUGGACAGAUUCCUCUUAAACACAUCCGUAUGUUUGCAUCCAUCUUUAAGGUAAUUCGGUGUUUGUGUUUCCCCCGGGCGCUGUAGCAGUGUGUGUCCUCUCCUUGGCCUCCGUGAUUUGUGUGCUGCUGAGCGCCUUAGGUCCAUCCUUCCUUCCUCUAGGAGCGAGUUUACAGCAGUGAUUGUGUGUGUGUGGUGCUAACGUUUGUGUACUUUAUUAUUAUUUAACGCUCUUUGGGCCAGCCUGCUUUCGGGAGGGAGGGGUAACAGAAGCCGGCCGGGUUUUAGCAGGAAAAGCUGUUCAGUCCCGCGCUCGCGGAGGAAUAGCUGCAGGAUUGGAGAAAGGCCAAGACUUGAACUUAGUAGUUUGGGCUGAGUUUUAAAAUUUGGGGGUAAUGAACAAGAAGUAGCUAGAGCUAGGGCCAUCUCCACUCCAACCGCUCCUUGGCUUCUGGCCUCGGACGGCACGCUGGGGCAGCUCUGAGCUGACCAAAAUCGUCUGCUCCGCCUGACCGGCCACCUCGCUCAGGACUUCCCCAAACCACGGGCACGUGUCGGUUCAGUUGCAAGUCGCGCAGAUGUUCCUAGGGAGCAAUCUGUCCAAUUAAUUCCGUUAAAUACUGCAAUAACAUAUAACGAACUGUUACAAACUGCUUAACAAAUCUCAGUGUUAAGUCCCGGCAUCUACUGCUUCAUCCGGAGACUGUCUUCUGCCUGAAUUGGGGAGAUCUGGUCUCGGAUGAGAGUUUGGGGAUUCACUGUGCAUCUUUCCAUUCCUCGCUCCAGUCCGCUGGAGAGCGGGGUUUGCCGGGAGCUGAUUUAUCCCUGUGGGACAGACAGAGGAGUCAAAGCAGGUGGUGCAGGGGUUCUCCAGAGCAGGCAGGAGAAGGACGGCGGAGCAGGGGCGGGGUGGACACAGCGCUCUUACUGGCAGCCGGUACAGCUGCCUCUCAAUUUUUCGUAGAGCGUUUCUGUCCUCUUUCUUUCAACGCCUGUUCCGGGAGCUAACGCACAGCCCUGCUGCAGGCAGUGGGACCUUGGCAUCUGAGGUGGCCUGAUGGAUCAGGCUCCGAUUACAAGGAAUUAAAAUGGGUGGUCACGAAACACCCCGGGAAACCCCUGGUGCGGCCGCAGAAGGUGGGGAGAGGUGGAGGCGCGGAGCUGCCCCGGCGCGCCUGGGCUCCCCCGCAGCCCCGGCCCGGGCGCAGGGCUGGGAUUUAGCACGUUUGGGCUCUCGGCGUUUGCACUGCUCCCUUUUCCCUACCUUCUCAGUGAAGAUGAAGGGGACAGGUUUUUUUGGUAUUGAAUGAGCAGUUCAGGGAUGAACCAGCUCCCGGGAGAGGGUGCGUGCGUGCGAGUGCUGCGAUUCGGCUCUCUGCAGGUCCUCUCCUUCCUUUCCUCUCCCGCGCUCCCCGUUUUUAGGCUAGAAGUGCCGUGAGGCUCCUUCCUUGCUGGCCUCCGAGCGCCGCGGAGACGCGAAGCGGCUGUGAUGGUAGGCUGCUCCUACUGGAGCCUGCUCGGGGUGAUCAGUCACUUAAAGCAGGCGAGGACGGACGGGCACGAAGCCGAGCGUCCCGCGCCCGGGCUGGCAGGCGCCCCGGGAAGAGGCGCGCUCUCCGCGCCGGCGGCGAGGCUUGUCGCC